UCGGGAGCAGCGGCAGCUGAUGUCCGGAGUCCGCUCUCUCGUCCUCCACCGAGCUGCCCCUUCAUGCAUGCGGUUUCUCAGACAGGUCAAGAGUCUUUCCAGUUAAAUAAAGACAGAAACGAUGUUUCCGAGUAGAAGAACACCGCUGUUACAGGUUUUGCUUCACGUCGCGCUCCUCGCCGUGUCGUGGGCUUUUUCCGACAUGGAGACGGGGCCUGGCGCAGCGGCGUCCACACAACCCAACGGAGAUCGGUUCAAAAUCGAGGGCAGAGCGAUAGUUCCUGGGGUUAAACAGCAAGACUGGGUGUCCACGGCCAGAGUCCUGGUGGAAGGCGAGGAAUAUGUGGGCUUUUUGAGAACUGAUGGGAGUUUCGCUGUGAACGAUAUACCGUCAGGAUCUUACGUCGUGGAGGUCGUUUCUCCCACCUUCAGGUUCGAACCAGUCCGAGUUGACAUCACAACCAAGGGGAAGAUGAGAGCGCGACUCGUGAACUACAUCAAGACAUCAGAAGUCAUUCGCCAGGCGUACCCUCUUCAGAUCCGGGCCACUGGUCCGCACAGCUACUUCAUGAAAAGAGAGACGUGGGGUUGGACAGACUUCCUGAUGAACCCGAUGGUCAUGAUGAUGGUUCUGCCUCUGCUGAUUAUUGUUCUGCUGCCCAAGGUUGUCAAUACUAAUGACCCCGAGAUGAGAAAGGAAAUGGAGCAGUCCAUGAACAUGCUGAACCCCAACCCCGAGCUCCCAGACGUCUCCGAGCUCAUGACCAAGCUCUUCUCCGGCUCCAAGGGCUCCGGCAAGGCGGGCAGCAGCAGCAAGGGCACCAGGCCGGCCGCCAAGAGGAGGUAGUACUGUACGUGUCAACAUCUGCCGGAAGAAGCUUGACUUAAUACUGUGGAAGCAGGAUUUAAAAAUUGUCUUUUUUUUUCUCUCUCUGGUUUCAUUGUACAGAUUAUCUUAUGGAUGUUUUCAGCGCAUUAUAAUUUCUAAUAUACUAUCAAGGACUGAGCAGGAAUGUUUUUUUUUUGUUUUUUUUUUGCCCCCCCCCCUUCACUGCACUGAUAGAAAUUGCUGCAAAAGCUGUUAAUCUUUAUUUGCUCUUUCUACAUGUGACCCCCAUUAAUCAUCAAUCUUGUGUGUAAACCAUGCAUUGUGCAUUUUUUUCCACUGCUGCUAACCUUCUACCUGAAAGAGAGCAUACAUACAUAUUCAGAGAUUUUCUUGGUUUCUUUUGUUCAGUUUUUGGUGUUACGACUGUGAAUGAAGUUAAAUUAAAAUUUUAAGCUCAUAAAUUCUUAUUUAAAAAUCUAAAUAAAUCAAUAAAUAAAUUGCAAUGGUAUAUUGAAAACCUUUUAUUACAGUAAAUUGUUUGAGAAUGAGCAUGAGAUCCUUUCAUUACUUGGGGCUUAUCGUGGCGUACUGUAUGGCUCGACCUCACAUACUGUACAUGGUGUGCCUGUGGUGUGUGUACAUACAAAUGGUUAUUACGAUCAGAUCAAUAAAAGUUAAAGAGCUGUGUGGUUGCUUCCAAGAUCUCUGCAGAGUGUAACAGGUUGAAAUUUAAAUAAAGUGGACAGUAAUGUCCGUAUUUAGCUC